AUGGACAAGAGUUUGCGUUUGCAGCUGGAAUUGCGGCAGAAAAUCAUUGAAUCUUACAAAGUUGUAUCCGUUUACAAAACUAUAAUCGAUGCGUACAUAGUGGACUUCUUCCAUCAAAAUCACUGGAACAGCUUAUCGCCCAGUUGGAAUCGCUUCUUCAGCACUGUGCCAAUCCAACAACUCCCGGAACUUCUUUCCUUUGAAUGUCGGAGCAACGAAACGAAUGUGUGGCCUUUGACAUUGUUAGCCUUACGAUCGCUUUUUCGUCGAUUGGUACAUACCAGAAGUAAGCCGAAGGAACAACAGCCUACCACUUCCAGUGGUGUGAACCACAAAAAAACAGCUUUGUUUAAAAAAUCAGUUAAACUGAAAAAGCGACAUGAGAUUGAACAAUUCGCUAUCAACUGCUCACGUGAACCGCUCGAAAGCUUCUGUAACACGCUGAUCGACAUUGGUUCAGGUCAGGGGAACCUAGCGCGCAGUCUUGCCUACGGAUACGGGUUCCGGGUCUGUUGUUUAGAUCAAAAUGAAUCGUUCGUCCAAGCGGCAAGGGAAAAAGACAAGGAACUUUGGCGUCGUUUAGCCAAACUCGAUCCAUCUUUAUGUGGCACGAUCACUCAUCCCGUCCAUCUGCACGAGAAAGUCAAUCUCGAUCACAUUGAUCCUGUGCGCUUCGUGCAACUCCUGCGAGAUGCAUUGAAUGUCGAAAAGGAACAACAAUCUGAAGAGUUUAAGUUCGGAUUAAUCGGGCUCCAUCCGUGUGGCGAUUUGGCACCAUCGUUGCUUCGGCUUUUCCUCGCAUGCCAGGAGUGUCGGUUCGUGAAGCUCGUAUGCUGCUGCUAUAUGAAGCUUUCCUGUGAGACAUCAAUGUCCACAAGCGCGACGAAUGAUUACGGUUUCCCGCUUAGUGACUUUUGUCGCACUACUAAACUCGCCCUAAGCUACGAAGCUCGCGAAAUUGGAUGCCAUGCCAUUGAACAGUAUCGGAACAAGCUGGGAAACGAUUAUCAUGAGCUUAAAGUGCACGCUUACCGUGCCGCCAUCGAGAGCAUCAUCAUUCGUAUGCGUCCUGAUUUGAAACAUUCCGGACUUAAAGGUGGCAUUAAGGCCACCGAAGUGAGUUUUGCUGAAUACUGCCAACAUGCGAUUGCAGGACUAGGGAUCAUCAUACCGGAGAAAGAUAUCCAAUCGCAAGAGACGCAACUUAAUCUCAGCCGAUGGAAAGAGGUUGUAAAGUUUUAUACCAUAAGACUGAUGUUUGCACCACUCAUAGAAACAAUCAUCCUAUACGACCGUUUACUGUUUCUGCUCGAAAAAGGUGCGCAGGCUCGCAUAGAUGUUCUUUUCGAUCCAUGCCUUUCUCCACGGAAUCAUGUCAUCACUGCGUAUAAGUGA